AUGUCAUUGUCGAAAAGUAAUUAUGUACAACAUUCCAACUGGACAGUUAUUGUAGUUACUGCACAAGAUCAAGAAACUGCUUAUGCAUUUGAUUUUAUUCUUCGACAACGACAACGUUAUGGAUUAAUCGAUAAAUCAACUACUAUACUGACGGUUAAUGAUCCUCAAGAGAAAUUAGGUAGUGGUGGAGCAACUUUGAAUGCACUCUUAGUUGUUACAGAACAUCUUAGUGCCAAAGCUGGUUACUCUCUUGUCAAUACAAAUGUACUACAUUCCGCUCAUAUAUUAAUUCUACAUUCAGGUCGUACAUUUCCAUAUGACGCUUGUCAUCGUUCAUUAGCAACAUUACCUGCUCGUUUUGGACCACAUCGUCCAUGGCUUUUAACAAACUUAGAUUUACUUUUACAUGAUUUCAAUAAUCUCAUUGCUUCCAGCGAAUUACCAUAUGGUGUAUGGGUUAGUAGUACAGAUGCGUUUAUAACAUUACCAAAAACUGGCAUUAAAAUUCCAGUAAAUACUGAUAUUCAUGCAUUAGCAACAUUAGAAGAUGUUCAAUAUGCAACUGGCCAUGGUGUUUAUAUUAUUGACAAAGAUAACAAUAUUGUUACAAAUAUUUUAUAUCAAGCAUCGAUGGAUGAGUUGACAAAACUUGCCAAUAAUGAACAUAAAGUACCAGUUGCAUGUAGUAUUCUUUAUUUUUCAGUUAAUUUCGCUGAAAAAUUAAUAACUUUUCAUCGCAUUCCACCGCUUGAUGGUUGUACAUAUGAAGGUAUUGAUAAUGGUUCACAACCAAAUCAAUUAUCAUUGUAUUUUGAUUUUAUUCUUGCGGCUUGUGUUGAUAUUUCAUUUGAAAAAUUUUUAUCAUUACAUUAUCAACAUAUUACAAAUGAUUUAAUAAAACAAUCGAAAACAUUUUUAUGGAAUCAAUUAAAUGGAAAAACAAAAUUUACAUGUGAAAUUCUUCCUGAUUCUUGUCAUUUUCAAUAUAUUGAUGCUCAUUGGCCUUAUUUAAAUAAAGAUAAUAUUCAUUCUCAACGUGAUAAUAUUCAAUGGUUACCAAUUCAACAUUCAAUCAUUGAUGAUAAAAAACAAAUGGAAUUAGAAAACUUAUCUAUUAUUAAUAGUAUUAUUCAUAAUGAAUGUAAUCUAGGUAAAAAUAUAACCAUACAUAAUUCAAUUGUUGGAAAUCGAGUAACAUUAGGAGAUAAUAGUGCUAUUCAAUCUGUUGAUUUUUCUAAAAAAAAUUUUCAUUUAACUAUUCCAUCUGAUGUUAUUAUUCAAAGAAUUAUUUUAUCAUUACAAACAAUGAAUGAAAUGUCAAAUAAUCAAUUGGAUGUUUAUACAAUUAUUGGUAUUCAUGAUGAUGUUAAGCGAUUAUUUACAAAUGAAAAGUUUACUAUUUUAAAUAUGUCAUGGGAUAAAUUUAAACAACAAACUGGUAUUGAUAUUUGGGAUUUAUGGCCAGAUUUACAAAAUAAUCCAGAAAAACGAACAUUAGCUAAUGCUCGUCUUUAUCCUGUAUUACAUUUUAAUAAUAUUUCAUCAUUAAAUGAAGAUUUACUUUGGUUUUUUAAUCCGACACAAAUAUUUUUUCAACAAUGGAAAUCAUCUUGGCGUUUAUCACUUCAUGAUAUAUUAAUUCAUGCGAAUGUUUUUAAAGAAAUAACACGUCGUCAAAAUUUAUUUCAUACAAUAUCUCGACAAAAAAUUCUUAAUUUAUUAUUUCUUCAUGGUAGUAAACAAAAAACAAAUGAUUCAUAUUUAGCAUUAUUAAAACAAACAAUUGCUGAUGGACAUAGUACAGAUAUGCUUGAUGCAUUCGAUCGUGCAUGUUUAGAUAAUUCGAAUAAAUUACAAAUAUUAUCAUGUCUUUUUUCAGCAAUUGCUAAUACAUUAGCUGAAAUGGCUGGUGGUGAUCAAGCUGGUCUUCGAUCUGGACCAUAUCUUAACCGUGAAUGGCAAUAUGCAUUUUUAAUGUUUGAAGAAGGAAAAUAUCUGCUAGGUAUUCAACAUUUAAUUAAACAAAGACAAUUAUGGAUUGAUAGAUCGGAUCUUUUAAUACGAGCUGCUCGACAUUAUGAUGGCGCAACACAAACAUUGAUUAAACAAGGUGUAUUAACUUGUCGAUCAAAAUGUAGCAUUGAAAAUAAUAGUAAAACAAUU